AAGUUAUGAAUACUGCAAAGUGAACAAGAAGAACAUCUAUCACCAUAUUCGAUCAAUAUCCAAAGAAACAAUGGAUUCACACUUACCAUUGUUGGUGAUAGUUAUAAUUUCUUCCUUUGUUGUAGGAAGCAUUAGUAUAGUACCAGUAGCACCUGGACUAUCGUACUCAUUUUAUUCUUCCAACUGCCCUAAACUAGAAUCCAUUGUUACCAAUCAUCUUAAGCAAGUUUUUAAGAAGGACAUCACCCAAUCUGCUGGUUUGCUUCGCCUUCAUUUCCACGAUUGCUUUGUUCAGGGAUGUGAUGGAUCGGUAUUGUUGGAUGGGUCAGCAAGCGGUCCAAGUGAACAAAAUGCCCCUCCAAAUUUGUCACUAAGGAAAGAGGCAUUUAAUAUUAUUAAUGACCUUCGUGCCCUCGUGCAAAAGGAAUGUGGCCAAGUAGUUUCUUGUGCAGAUCUCACUGCCCUUGCAGCUCGUGAUUCCGUUAUUUUGGCAGGUGGACCAAAAUAUAAUGUCCCGUUAGGAAGAAGGGACAGCCUAAACUUUGCUUCAAGAAAUGUAACUCUAGCCAAUCUUCCUGCACCUUCUAGCAAUACUACGACCAUUCUGAAUUCACUUUCUACCAAAAGGCUUGAUCCCACGGAUGUUGUAGCACUCUCUGGGGCCCACACCAUAGGUCGCGGCCAUUGCACCUCCUUCACCUCCAGACUCUACCCUAAACAAGACGGAACAAUGGACUCGAAUUUUGCUAAAAAUCUUAAGGUCACUUGUCCAACCACAAACACUGACAACACCACAAAUUUGGACGUCCGUACUCCUAAUGUAUUCGACAACAAGUACUACGUCGAUCUUGUAAACCGCCAAGGCUUAUUCACAUCCGAUCAAGACUUGUUCACCGAUUCAAGGACAAAGGGAAUUGUCACAAGCUUCGCAAACAACCAGAGUUUGUUCUACGAAAAGUUUGUAAUUGCAAUGUUGAAAAUGGGACAACUCGGUGUGUUGACGGGAAAACAAGGGGAGAUUCGUGCAAAUUGCUCUGCCAGGAAUGCUAACAAGGUGGACUUGUGGUCUGUGGUGGAAGAGGGUGCACUACAACUAUUAUCACAAUUUUAAGACAGCCUAUUAUAUUUACUAGGGUUUCAAAUGGAGUUGCAAUAAUUGUUAUUUGUAACGUUUAGUUCUAAGUUUUAUCUAUACUAUAUCUAGUAAAGAGGGUAUUUCUAAUCUUGAACGGACCUUUCACCUUUGUCCCUUCGAUAUAAUUUCUAGUUUUCUAAUUAGUUAAUAAUACCACGUACCAAUUUUAGUC